UAAUUUCAUUUUUUCUUUGUGCAAUAAAAUUCCCUACUAACAGCUUUAAUAACACCCCUCCUCUCAAACUCAACCUUUGAGCUUCCUGAUAAAGGUCUCUGAAGGUUUGACUCAUUAACAAUGGUGAAAAAAGAAUCCGCUACAUCUUUCAGUUCAUCAGGGAAAGUGGAAUACGCCUCCACAAACUAUGUUGCUUUUAUGGAGAAAGAAUCAGUGCAUAAAGACUUUCAUCCCCUUAUGGAUUUCUUGAAGAUCUCUCCAGUCACUUAUGCUCUCACCGCAAGCCCAACAAUCUAUGCUGAAAUAGUUCAAGAAAUGUGGAACACUGCAUGCUGCUCUGAGGCAGAAAUAAAGCUCAAAAUCAACGGUAAAUCUUACACCAUCACUCCCUCUCUGAUAAAUGAAGCACUUCAUUUGCCUAAUGCUAACUUCGAAACCCUGCCUACUGAUGAGGAGAUUAUUUCCAUGUUAAAUUCUAUUAAGUAUGCUUCAGAAAUCUCACAUUUAGGCCAAGUAAGAAGACCAUAUCUUAGAAAGGAGUGGUCGUAUUUUUUCGACACUCUGAUAAAGGUCUUUACAGGGAAAUGCAGUGGAUUUGAUUCCAUAACUACGUAUGUUCAAAAAAUUGCAUACAGCCUGAUUUAUGGGAGAGCAAUUAACAUUGGAUCUUUACUGCUUAAUGAAUUCUCUUACAAAUUAGGUGAUAUGGUGAAGAGAGGUAAAAUCAUAUAUUAUGCUAGAUUUUUUAUGAUUAUUGCUAAUCAUUUACAAAAGGAUCUUAGUAUUAAGAAUAAAGAUGAUCAAUUACAAGUAUGUGUGCAAGCUAAGCGUUUGUUCGCUCAGUUGGUCAAGAAUAAUUUAAAUGGUAAUGUUGAUUUUGUGCUUCCACGGCACAUUCAAAUACAACUCUCUACUCUAUCUCCUUCUCCUAAAUCUAAAUCUAGAACAAAAGGCACCUCCUCAUCGGUAUCUCAAAAUGGUAAAAGAAAGAGAACUAAUUUGCCUACUAUAACCACAUACUAUGAGUCUAUAACGGUGGAGGGGAGUGAGGAAAUUGGAGCAGCAGCGGAGAUAAAUCCACCUCUGAAGAAAAUGGCUGCAGAUGUUGUAAAACCUGCAAGAAGGCUAUUCAGUGUAGAUCAUGGAACACCUCGAGUAACUAGGAAUAGGGUACCGGUAGUGGAACUCACUUCUUCGGAGGAAGAAUAUCCAAAAUGUGACCUCCCUCCAGUCGAACCUUCACUGGAACAAAAUUCUCAAGAAGUCUUGCCUGAUGAUCGUGAACAACUCAUGAAUGCAGCAUCUGUAUUAAAAUGUCAGUUGGUGGCCCAGCUCACAAGUUCUGCUGAGAAAUUGAGGACCGAGGACAUGAAUGAUCUUGCUGAUAGGUGUUACAAUACACUGAGGGGAUUAGGAGAUGAUUAUACAUCUAUUAGAAGGAAAGUUCAUAAACUCAUUGGACAACACCAGAAGCUAGAAGAUGCUGCUAGAAACAAGGACAACUGGAAUGACCAGGACAUAAAGGCUCGUUAUAGUCAGCAAGUUGUGUCGCUAUCUAAUAUGACAAAGAAGUUAUCAGGCACUGAAGAGAAAUUGUCAAGGGCUAAGAAUAAAAAAGAAGAGAUAAAAGCUGCAUUACUGAGGCUUAGAGAGGAGUUGUCUGACGAAGAAGAGCGAGUUAAGACACUGACAGAAGAGAGGGAUAUAUGCAAAGCGGAUCAUUCUGAUGUUGAAGCUAAAUUUGAGAAAUUGGUCGCAGAGAAGAAGGAGGCUUACAAGGAAUUUGAGGCAAUCAAUGGGCAAUAUAAUAAUGCCAAGAAAGAAUACGAGAGAAUGAGUAAUCAGUUGAUGCAGUCUGUUGGGAAGUGACGAGGUCUCUUUUGGAGUCCUGCCCCCCUGUGAAGAUCAGGAUUCUGGACCGCACUAGGCGUCUCUUCUGAAAUGGCCUUUUCAUCUGAAGUACCUUCCUGGUGUUGUUGGCCAUCAUCUUAGUAUGUUCUUACUACAUAGCAACUUGUCCACCGCAGAAUUUCCUAGUAACGUAAAAGAAAGAAGAUGUUUUGCACUUUAUAUCGGCUUUUAGUUGAAUUACUUAGACUUAAUGUGUGAAGUUCAGUACUGCAUUGCUUAAUAUGCAUUGGGUAUUUUACAUUGAGUAAAUGUGAGGUUUAUCUGGUGACAUUGAUCUUUGGCCAAGC